GCCGGUAGCUGCCCGCGGGGCUGGCCGGGAAGCAGCGCUCCUUGGCCCGGUCGGGGUCCGGCCUGGCCCGGGAAGGGCCUCGCCGGGCCGGGACCUGCUGGUCGCGGCCUGGCUGUUCCCCUCCCGUUGGAGGGCGGCCGGCGCGGGGCCACUGCGCAGGGCAGCCCCGGGACGCCUGCUGGGUAGCCGGCGGCUGCGACCGCGGGUGCACUCCUCCUCUCCACUUGCGUUUUCCCUGCUUUCUGCUUCCAGGCUCCGAGUAAUGCAGAGGUUGUUCACCACGGACUUUUGUCUUUGGCUGCGCUAAUCCGUGAAGCUCUUCCUCUUCCCCUAAUAAUGCUAGUGUUGGCUUUCAGGUAGGCGAGAUGCUACACGCUGGCCAUGGCUUUCAGGGAAGUGAAUGCAAGAAGGCAUGUUGGACUUCAGCAGCUUUCAGCCGUAGCGUUAGCUGGAAGAAUGCUAUUGGGGCCAAUGAAGUCAUACAAAUUUGUUGUGGACGAAAGCACCAACGAGAGCGUAUUGACUUGUUCUGCAGUCAGACUGAUCGAAAGUUUGGAUUUAAGUAGUGCUGCUGGACAGCUUCUUAAUGAAACCAUUCAGGCACAAAACAAGGAAUUUAAAACUGGUAUGAGUACCUUGUUCUUUCUUGUUGGCGCAUGGAGCAACGCCGUGCUAGAAUGCCUCCAGCAGAAUGUUCCUGUUUCAGUAAUAGUAUCUGUGAUGUCUGAGGGCUUGGACUCUUGCUGUGAGAAAGUUCAGUGUCUUCAACUAUCAAUACAUGAUGUAAAUAAAGACCUAUGUUCUAGCAGUGUUAGGACAAACAUUUUUGAAAACAAAACUUCCCAAGUUCCAUCUAAGAGUCUUCUAAAUCCUCAAGUGUGUUUUCAGAAAGGUAUUUCUGCAUCAGAAGAAGUUGCUCUUCAAAGAAGUGCUCAUUCCCAUCCAGAAGAUGGUUGUAAUUUUAGUAACAGUUGUCUGGUUUCAACUAUGACAGGCUUUGGUUCAGUAGCUUCCCUUGUUAAACCAGUGGAUGACAAAAGUAAAUCUGUGAUUUCUGGAAGUGGUGUUAUCACCUCUAGCUAUAAUAAAAAAAAAUUAAGCCACAGUAGAUACUUCAGCACUCUAGCAAAAAGCAAUUUUUCAAGUCAUUUGGGCAAUUUUGAGGGUUAUCUCUCAGGACAAUCAGCAUAUCCAUGUGAUUGUGAUGGUUUUGGACACCUGGCAAUGGCUCUGAGCCAUGGAAAUCAGACUAGCGUGAAACUGCUACAGAACAUUGUUGCAUAUCAACAACAGCGAGCUGAAUGCAGUGGUUCUUCCCAGUUUAAUAUCACAGAAAUUGUGACAUGCUGUUUACUGGGCCUGCCUGAAAGUUAUUCUUGUGUUUGCCCAGGCUUUAUCACGUUAGUAUUGCCGGAACAAGCCACAGUUAUCCGAUACCUUCAAGACAAACCCCUUUGUAUUCUGCUGAUGGAUGGCGACCUAACUGAACAAUAUCGCCACUUAGGUUUUAAUAGGCCACGUAAUGUAAGGACCAUAUCGGAGCCUCCAAGCAUACACGAAGGCAGAUCAGGAGACUUGUGGCUAGGCAGUGUGUUAGACGUUUUAAUACGUUUUGAGGUAAACUUGAUUUUGGUCAAAGGAAAUGUGUGUGAAAAAUUGAUGGAAAGAUGCAUCGCAAACAACAUAUUGGUAAUAGGUUCUGUGACUCUCAAUGUGUUACAUGCGUUUGGGGAGGUCUCCGGUGCCCAGCCGGUGACAUACCUCACUCAGCUGAAUGCCCGUUAUCUAGGGAGUGGGGCCCAGGUGGAGUUGUGGAGGGCCUGUGACGGGCGUGCGAUGGAGCUGGGUGAGUUGGUGCCAGUCAGCAUAAAAGUGCAGGGAAUUCCCCUGCUCACAGCCAUGCUCACCACUACUGUAGCUUCAAAGAUGCAGCUCAUUGAAGACCAGUUCUGGACUUUUGUGUAUCGACUGCAUCAUGCUUUAAAUGAAGGGAAGGUUUUUCUUGGUGGUGGCGCAGUUGAGCUCUUAUGCCUUAGUCACAUUCAGAUGCUUGCAGAGCAGUCUUUAAAGCCAGCAAGUACAAAUGCUGAGAAAGAGUUUCACAAUCCUUCUUGGCUGGCAGCAUCUUCGACUGAGUAUAAAUCAGUUGUGCUCCAAGCAUUAGCAAGUGGCUGGAACCAGUAUCUUUCAGUGGUUUUGUGUAACUCUGCAAAAGCCACUUCGGGGUUUGAAGCACAUACCUUAAUUAAAUGUCACCUCAAAAAAGCAGCUGACUGUGGCUCUCCCUCAGCAUAUAUACUGAAAGAGUUUAGAAGAGGUGGUAUGAUCCAGAGUGGUUCUGAUCCCUUCGCUGACCCUGGGGAGGGUUUAUAUGUUUAUGAUAAUGUUACAGCCAAGAUGGAGGCAUGGCGGAGAGCUCUAGACUUGGUGCUGCUAGUGCUUCAAACAGAUGCUGAAAUUAUCACGAGUCCCAAAAGGAAUCAGCUAUUAAACUCUCAUGUGUCAGGUGAGUUUAUGUUUUUAUAGGAAUUGCAGUUUGCAGGCUUUAUUUAUAAGUCUGUGGGUCAAUGGAUAGAAAAAUUCAGGUAAAAUCGACAUUUCUGCAUAGUUUAUAAAGUAAGCACUUAGACAUGGUUAGGACUUUAGAGUUUAACAGCGGAAAUCAGCAUAUGAAGCAGUCACAAGCUAGAUCUAAUUUCCCAUUUCUAGAAAUGGGAAUUAAGUAACAAACAAAAAUCACCUGUGGGUUGGCCCCAAACCCCAGCUGUGCAUUUCUGAAUAAUGAUAUAGGGAUAGAUAAAUCCAGCCAAACUGACUUCUCUCACCUCAUUUAGCAGAGCAGAUGUGCAGUUAAUUUUUCAUUAUCACCUACCCACUGGACAGCUGGGUAUCUGUCCAGUCUAGUUGGAGAAAAGCUUGAUACCUUGGAUAUACUUACAUGCUCAACAUGCGCUGCCUGUAUAAUGCAUUCGGACUUGUGUAUUGUGAGUAAAUCAUUUGUAUUUAAUGACUUCUAAAGGAAGGCAGAGAGUUCUUAGAUAAUGUUGGCAUACUUGUCUAUGUUAAAUGAGAGUAUAUAUGAAGAUGUAAUUCAUAACUGUUUAUUAAUAUCUUGCUUUCUUAGGUUCUGUACAUUGCAAGUGCAAGUGUCAACUCCUGAGUGUUAUAAGUGAUUGUAUUAUUAGGUCCUACUUUUGCAUGCUUAUAAGGGCCAUGUUUGUUUUGAAAUACAUACCUUUUGAAAUUUCUCAACUCUUGAUACAAAUUCAGGCUGAAUCACCCCUUUUGAUAUUAAAGAGUGGAUGUAUCUCUGCACAAAGUUUUAUUUUACUUAGUGAGUUGGAUUUUUAGGUUGUUUCCUUUCAUUUGAUUAUCGUUGUAGAGAAGAAGAAUGUAGUUGUAUCGCCAGAACUAAGCAGUGUGUUGGCUAAAAAUUGAAUAUGAAUCUCUCUGGGUUAUUGAGGCAGGAACAUUUUACCAUGUUUUAGCACUUAAAUUUGCAAGCAUAGCCAAGGAGAACUUGUGUUUUGUUGCAAGAAAGAAGUGCAGAUUAUGUGGAGAUGUUUUUCUCUGAAACCGGUGUUUUGAAUCAUGCUAACAGUGAAUGUCUCAUGAGCCAGGUGUAGGCAGAAUGGAAAAAGAAUGUAAAUGGUGGUAUGAAAGCUGAUUCCCGCUUUCAGGAAUUUUUCUAUCAAAAUGCUAAUCACUGGCAGUGUUUGGUUUAAGCACUUCUUUAUUGUGGUUGCUGGUGCUGUUUGCAGAGUCCACAGAGAAUUCCGUGAUAGUGAAAACUUAAGACUUGGGGUGGGUAAAGAGUAUCUUUUUCUGGGUCCUAAUUCAGUGAAAAGGCAGUCAGAAAACAGGAGUGGUUACUUUAUCAUUAGGGCCUUUCAUUCUUCUUAUUUAGUCUUUUAAAUGGAUGUUUUUCCUUCGGGACUCAUCUUUCUUGCAGUAUCUCCCCAUUCCAGAAGACAUUUCAGAGAAGAGCUGUCAGCUGCCUGAAACCCCCAUGACCACUGGCAGUCUCCCAGUUGGCCUCUGUGGAGCCUUAACACACUUCUCUCUACUGCGGUUCCCUGCUGGAGCCUCUCCGUUUGCUGGGAAGGCCCUUCCCUCUGCCUGUGCAUGUCAGGUUGGCUAAUUCCAGAGGGCUUGAGUUAGUGAAAAGGAAAGACAGUUCCUAAAUUGUCUCCCCUAUGGGUACCAACACAUUGUGGCAUUAUUUCCCAUUCUAACCAUUGAUAGAUAUUUGACAGUAUCUGAUCUUUUCUGCCUCCUCCAUGUUCUCCAGAUUUUUUGGCUUCCCUUGAUGUAUUUCCAUUUUUUAUCUCCAUAACAUGCAACUUGGUAACCUACACCACGCUCUGCUAAAAAUAGCCCUUUUCAAGCUUUCCUUAGAGCUCAUGUGUCUCCAUAGCUGGGAGCUCUCAGGAGAGGUGGGAUAGACUGUUGCGGUUCUAAAUUAACCUUAAGCAUGAAACGAAAUUGGGAUCCAUAGCAACAUCAUCCAUGUCUUGAACUGACUAGAAGUCCUGUCUUCAUUUUUACUAAGAUGAGAAUUGACCUAAAUGCACUUUAUCCUGGAGCUCUCUUCUGUCCUCCUGUAUAUUGUAGCAAAUCAUAUACGCUCAGAUCUUUCAUAGAGCUAUUUACCCAAGUGAUUCACAGUAGGUGAAUAACUGAUGUGUUCAGUAUAUAACAAAAAGAAAGAUGCGGUAAAUGAAAUUAACUGUGUUUUUUAGAGAUGUGUGUGUAUGUGUAUAUAAAAGCAAUGUUAUAUAGUAUAUUUCCAAAGCUUACAUUGAGCGUUCUCAUUGCUGUAUUGCAUGUGUCUGUAUUUAUACAUUUUACUUGCAUAUAAGUGGAAAGCUCUUAAGGAGGAGGUUGAAGGAGCGUAUUGUAGCUGUCUUUCGGAAAACUUAGAUAAAAACUUUUCUGUGUCUUGAAAGCUAUUCUCAUAGUAUUUGGCCAUCUCUGACCUGAAAAUGUAAAUAUUUUGCUUUCUAAUAAACUCCAGAAUUCAGUGA